GAGGAGCCGGAGGCGCGGCCUAUCGGAAUUGUUUCCGGGGUCAGGGGUGGGCGUGUAGUCGGUGAGGAGGCGGUCACGAUGCUGAUCAAAGUGAAGACCCUAACCGGCAAAGAGAUCGAGAUCGACAUAGAGCCCACAGACAAGGUGGAGAGAAUAAAGGAGCGGGUGGAAGAAAAAGAAGGCAUCCCUCCCCAACAGCAGCGGCUGAUCUACAGUGGCAAGCAGAUGAACGACGAGAAAACCGCAGCUGACUACAAGAUCCAAGGUGGAUCGGUGCUUCAUCUGGUCUUGGCGCUGCGGGGGGGAGGCCUGCGAUGAUGGACUCUCUGCCCUCCUUGCGUGCCCCUCUCCCCGACCCUCCCCCCCGGGCUCCACAACGGACAGACCCCCCUCCCCGUCUGCGCGUGCGAGAAGCAAAUAGCACUCCUCCCACGUCCCUCCUGGUUCCAGGAUGACAGCCUCUCCCUUCCUGGAUGCUUCCGCAAGCUGCUGUUUGAGGGAGGUGCUGUCGAGGAGGGGGUGUCCUUUUGAGGGGGCACAGGCCCCCACCCUCGUGGCCUCGGUUCUCUUCCAUCCCGGCAAGUUCUUAGGAGCUGCUUGUUCAUCUGCUGGGGUUUUGUUUUUGGCACCCAUGUUGAAAUGUCUUUCCCCCCCCCCGCCCUGAAUUGGAAUGGCUGAAUGUUCAAUAAAGGUCUUUC